GGCGCGCGGGGGCGACCGUUGCGAGCCGCCGCCUUCCCGCCUCUUUUCUCAUGAGGGUCUGGCGAGGGUUGUGGCGAGCCGUCUCCUCCGGCGAUGGGGCCGCCCACGGCGGGAGGCCGCGGAGGCGGGCGUGGGAGACGUCGCUGUCGCCUCUGGAGCGGGUGAGGCGGCUGCUACCGCCGGAAGAAGCGGCGGCGGUGGGGCGGUGCGCGGCGGCCCCUCAGGUUCCCCCUCAGGAGGAGGAGGCGACCGCCCCUCAGGUGUCUCUUGAGGAGGCGGGAGCCCGGCCCGGCCCUUUCCGCGCCGGGGAGCUGGCGCUGGCGGAGGUACGGAGGAAGUACAACGCGACGUUGAAGCUCUUGUGCCGGUUGGCGGCGGGUUCGGUUCUGGCCAGUCCCAGAGGCCUCCUGCCCCACCGCGACAUCAUCGGACAGCUGCCCGGGCAGAUGCUGCGUACGUCGGCCGGGGCGCCGUUGCUGCUGAGGCGGCCCUCGCUGGAGGAGUACGUGCUCCUGAUGCCGCGGGGACCCACCAUCGCCUACCCCAAGGAUAUAAGUGCUAUUUUAAUGAUGAUGGAUAUCCACCCGGGAGACACCGUUUUGGAAACUGGCAGUGGGUCUGGCGCUAUGAGCUUGUUUCUGUCAAGAGCAGUUGGGCCCAAAGGACGUGUUAUAAGUUAUGAAAUCAGAGAUGAUCAUCAUAAUUUAGCUAAGAAGAAUUACAGGCACUGGCGUGCUGCAUGGGAAAUAGGACACAUGGAAGAGUGGCCAGAUAACGUGGAUUUCAUUCUUAAAGACGUUUCAACAGCUGCUGCAGAUAUGAAAUCUGUAACAGUUGAUGCAAUAGUUCUGGAUAUGCUUAACCCUCAGUCUGCUCUACCUGUUGUACACCCAAGUCUGAAACAGGGUGGUGUGUGCGCUGUGUAUUUAGCAAACAUCACACAGGUUAUUGACCUUUUAGACAGAAUACGGACCUGCAAGCUUCCUUUUUUGUGUGAAAGGAUCAUUGAGGUAACUUAUAGAAAUUGGUUGGUACUCCCUGCUAAAAUCAAGAAUUGUAAAUCAAGCCAAAUGGUGGAAACUCAAGAAAAUAUUGAAGAACCACCUCAAAAUGAGUACGAAGAAAUCCACGUUCAGGAUCAAGCAGUUCUUAAAGAAAGUGAAUACAAUGGUAAGAACAUAAUUGCUGAUGAAAUAGCCUGUUAUUGCAAUUUGAUAAUCCAAGGAUAUAAUGAAGGCAAAGCUUGUAGGAACAGGCAGUAUUUUUUUCUUAGGUCAGCUGAGAUUGUUGUAAAGAAUAGACAAGCUUUUGGACAGCCUGGACCUUUUCAGGUCUGAAAAAGGAUAUAUUAAUGGUUAUUUAAGUUUAAAUAUCUUAUUAAAAAUCUUAACUAAAUAGAAAAUAAAUUGCAAUCUGCAAAUAAAGAAUGACUGCCCUUCUACUACUGUUUUUAAAUUUUUACUUUUUAAUAAAAUUCAGUCCUCUAUACUCAUCCUGUAGCUGCUUUAGAGGACCCUGAUGGGCUUAAGCAUUCCAUAGAAGAGACAGUACCAGUGUGCUCUGUUUUGUAAUCAUGCUGUUCUGGCAAAUCCAAAAAAGAUGCCUCAUACUAGUACAGAUUUGCAAAAUCCAUAGCAGAGCAAAGAGGUCUGAAUGUACUGGAUAGGUGACAAAAAAGCACUUUAACAGAAGCAAAAAGAAAAUGAAAAUAACAUCAGGGAAAAAAAAUCCAUGCGCAUUGGCAACUCUAGUCUGUGUGUAUGUUUUAAACCUGUUAGAAAGAAUUAAAAAAAUUUACUUC